AUGCCGCCCCCCCACAGCCGGCACGUCGCCCCCACAGCCGGCACGCCGCCCCCACAGCCGGCACGCCGCCCCCACAGCCGGCACGCCGCCCCCACAGCCGGCACGCCGCCCCCCACAGCCGACACGCCGCCCCCCACAGCCGACACGCCCCCGCCCCCCACAGCCGACACGCCCCCGCCCCCCCACAGCCGACACGCCCCCGCCCCCCACAGCCGACACGCCCCCGCCCCCACAGCCGACACGCCCCCGCCCCCACAGCCGACACGCCCCCGCCCCCACAGCCGACACGCACCCGCCCCCCACAGCCGACACGCACCCGCGCCCCCACAGCCGACACGCACCCGCGCCCCCACAGCCGACACGCACCCACCCCCCACAGUCAAGACCCUGACCCCCAAAGUAAAGACCCCCCCAAAGUAA